CUCACCAACAAGAUGAUUGAGCUGCUGACUGGAGAGGUUCCUAUAAGGUGUCAGGAUGUCACCAUCUAUUUCUCCAUGGAGGAGUGGGAGUAUGUAGAAGAACACAAGGAUCUGUACAAGGAUAUCAUGAUGAAGGAUCAGUUGCCCCUUACACCACCAGUUAAGGAAGAGAGAAAAACACCGGAGAGAUGUCCCAGUCCGUUUCUUCCACAGGAUGGUUCAGAAGAACAUCACAAUGUCACACAGGAUGAUCAGGUCCAUCAACCAUGUCUAUUUGUGUGUCCUCUGUCCAACUGGCAGCCUCAUGCGAGUUAUCUCCUGCGAGUGUUAACGAGAAAUUAAACGUCAAGCCUCA